AUGAAGAGGGAGCUUGCAUUUUCUGAGGUGCCGCGACCGAAGAGGCGCAAGGAAGCGGAGCCGGCGGAGACGCCAGCGUUAGAGCCUACAGUGGACGUGACCGGGAACGACGAUGAGGGACUUAGAGAAAGGGCGUUGCAGCUGUGGCAGACGGUCAGAGACGCCACGAACAAAGAAGGCCGGAUCAUGUCCAUUGAUUUCCUGCACCAACCACCAAGAAAGCAUUAUCCAGAUUACUACGUGCUCAUUGCGCACCCCAUUGCAUUGGAAGAUAUCAGGAAGAAGAUCGAGGAUGGCGCAUACGAUUCACUCGAAGCCGUGCGACAGGAUUUUGAGCUCUGCUUCAAGAACGCGAAGCAGUACAAUCAGAAAGAGAGCGAUAUAUGGCGCGACGCGAAGGAGCUGCAGAAAUUGGCGAAUAAGACGUACAACAAGAUGGUCCCCCACGAAGAGGGCGAGGAUGGCGCGAAAUCAAAGCCACCCAGUAUGAACCGCUUACUGAAGGCCCGUUUGCAGAAAUUGGUGGACAAGGCAGAUGACUCUACGGGCCGGAUUAUAUCCACCGAAUUCAUGGAGUUGCCCAACAAAAAGCAAUGGGCAAUAUACUACAAGAUAAUCAAACGGCCAAUGUGCAUCGAGAAUAUAUUUAGGAAGUUGAAGCGCAAGGACUACGAGACGUCUGCCGAAUUUGCAGCUGAUGUAGAACUUGUGUUCUCGAAUGCGACAACUUUCAAUCAAGAACAUACGCCGAUAUGGGAGGAUGCUGUAACAUUACGGGAUUAUUUUGCGCAGCUUAUGUCUGACCUACCUGCCCCACAUGCGCUACCACAGUAUGCCAAACCCUCUGCUACGAAACUCAAGCUCAAAGUCCCACCCAUGAAUCACGCGGCGCUGCACAACGGCAAUACAUCACCACCUCAAGCAGCAGCAUCCACAUCAAAGUCUGUAAUGCUUCGCGUUCCUGCACCGAGUGCCCCCCCUGCCCCCGUACAGCAACAAGCCGUCGCUUCGCCUGCUCCGCCACCACCUACUGCUCUCCCCAUCCCUGCGCAAAUCACUUCCGUUCCGUCAGCAUCACCAAAGCCUCCUACCCCGCCCCAACCACGCGUCCAAGCGCAGCCAAUAACGUUGACACCGACAAUUAUCCCAGCAACAGCAGCACCUGUCAAGCAGCUCGCACCAGCAGGAGCAUCUCAACCAGUCAGAACAGCGACAGCAUCCCCGGCGAUAGCCGCUCUCCCGCAUCUACAACCACAAGCCACACCACAGCCCUCGAAGUCUCCCAACCCCGAGAACAAACACUCAUUCAAGUUUAUUCAAUUGAAAAUCGAGCCAAGUAAUAGGAUGAUAGGGCUAGACAACCAGGACGGCGUAACCACUUGGGUAAUGCGAUUGGCUCCUGGGGAGAAAUCUGUCAAGACCUCGCGGAUUGUGUUUUUGGAAGAAGAGGGGGAUGAUGCUAGUGAUGGAGACCAGGAGGACGAGGAGGGAGAGGACGCGGAGCCUGUGAUGAAGAUCGCUCGCAAACGAGGGAGGCCGCCGAAAGUAAAGAAGCCUGCACCGAAGCCAGUCAAGUCGAAGAAGAGGAAACCAGCUGCGUCCAUUGACGAUGUUCGAGUAAAAUUGAAUGGGCAGGCCAAACCAACGCCUGAUUCGAAGGUUUGGACGCUCGACCUCGCCUCUGGUUGGAAUAUCAUUGAGGUGACGGAGAAGGGGGGUGCAGCAUGGCAUAUCCACAUGGAGAGAACGUCAUGA